AUGAUUCGAACAAGUUUAUCACCCUAUGAUUAUUUUCAAGGUAAUAAUAUUGAAAAUUUAUUAACAGAAGACGAAAAUGAUCUAAUUGGACUAAUGGAUAUACCACCCGGUAGUGCAAAACAGCGUGCAAUAUUAGAGAAUAUAUUUACCAUCUUUGAUAGAGUUGUUGAACAUGGGUUAUCGGUAGCACAAAUUGUAUUAAGCAGUUUAAAAGGAAAAAAUUCAUCAAAAAAUAUUGUUAAUGCUGAUGAAGAUGAUUUACAAUUAAGAAGUAAAAAUAUACAUUCAAAUUUAAUUAAAAAGGGUGAUCAUUUAGAUUUAAAUAAUAGUAUUGAAGCAUUAGCAAAAGCAUACUAUGACUUGAUAAAAGAAAUUGAUCAUGACAAUUAUUUUGGACUAAGAGAUUAUUGUUCAACGAUUAAAGGUAUUGUUAAUAAAUAUAGUAAUUAA